GUGUGUGUGUGUGUGUGUGUUACUGUGAAAGCCCGAACUAUGGUAAAUCCUAAGAUUUUCCAAUAAAACCUAAGAUUUACCAACUCUUAAUGAUAAAAGUCCUGUGAUCAUCGUUCAUUUCGAACUUUUACCACCAUUCACUUAGUAAAUCUUAGGAUUUACCUUAAAAGCACAGUAAAUGUUGAAAAAGACAUGUCAUAACGUGUUCGGCGCAUCGUCUCGUACUUGUGAGCAGUUUGCAGCCCCCCGCUACCCGUGCCAAAAUAGGUAAAGAUUUAACUGAUUAGUAAUAUACAUGAUUAAUAAUUACUUUCAUAUGAUACAUAAAAAUAUGUAAGUUUUUGACUGAUAAUUAAUUGAAAUAAGUGAUUAAGAAGUACUCAUUGUUUUAUUCCCAAAAUUAACAUUUACCAGCCGUCACUAGUAAAACCUAGCAUGUACUAAAUUCUAAUGAUAAAACCCGAAAAAAUUGUCUUUUUUUUAUAAAUUCUUACAUUUACCAACUCAUGUUAGUAAAUCCUAAGAUUUACCAAGUGAAUGGUGGUAAAAGUUCGAAAUGAACGAUGAUCACAAAACUGUUUGGACUUUUACCAUUAAGAGUUGGUAAAUCCUAGGUUUUACUGGAAAAUCUUAGGAUUUAUCGUAGUUCAGGCUUUUACAGUAACAUAUACACAUAGUACAUAUUCCAUUAGGAUGACCAUUUCUUAAUCCAAUUUAGAUAUUAUCCUUAAAAAAAAUUAAGACUAGAUAUCCUUAAAAAUUUUUUUAUUAGUUAGUAUUAGAUAAAUAUUGAAAAUGUAAAAGAAAGUUUUAUUUAAUACAUUUUUAUAAGGUAUAGUUAUGCUUAUAUUCCUGUUAUUUCUCUGUGAAACAUAGGACCUCCACAAAAUUUUUUCAACUAAUUUCUAGCUAUUUGCUUUACCUCUUCUCAAGUCUUGUUUGCCAUUCCAAUCUCAUUUAUAAUAGUCUUCCUUUAGGAAGCUCUGGGUCUGCCUCUACCUUGGAUGUCUUGCAGGUUCCAAUCUAGUGCUUUACUCGCAAUGUUAUUUUGCAUAUGAAUGAAAGGGUUACAAAUCCACAAAAUCAGAAGCCAGACGUAGCAGCUAUCGAAGCAUUUUGCGUGAUGCUAACUAAAGAAGCAGAAGGCAUACAAAUAGGCAUCAAGUUAUUGGCAACGCAAAUUCAAUCGAUUAAUGAAUCAGAAGCAUUGCAAGCACUUUCGUUGCUAGAUACUUGUAUGAAGAGAUGUGGCCCAUUAUUCCAUGCAGAAGUUGGUAAAUUCCGUUUUCUUAAUGAGAUGAUAAAAUUGGUUUCGCCGAAAUAUUUAGGUAAUCGCACUACAGCGAGCGUACGACAAAAGGUUCUGCAACUUCUUUAUGCAUGGAUCAGAGAUUAUCCUCGCGAAUCAAAAAUUAAGGAGGCUUAUGAGAUGUUGAAGAAGCAAGGAGUUAUUGAGGAAGAUGCAGCGUUCAUAAUUGCAAAUAGUGAAGAAAGUCAAAAAUCGUCAAAGAUAAAAAAUAAUAUAUUUGAAAAUGAAGAAAUGUCAAGGCAUUUAAGGAGAUUACUACACAGUAAGGAUCCUACCGACUUGCAGACUGCAAACCGACUGAUAAAGUUUAUGGUGAAAGAGGAUGAGGAACGAUUGCAGUUAAAUUCGCGAAGAGGCAUGGAAUUAGAAUCCGUGCAAAACAACGUAAUGUUAUUAUCAGAAAUGUUGGACUCAUAUAAUCAGAAUGAAACCAGUGCGGAGGAUCUUGAAUUGAUGAAAGAGUUGUAUCAAGCGUGCGAACGACUGAAACCUAUUUUGUUGAGACUCGCCAGUGAAGCUCAGGGCAACGUCGAAAUGCUUGAUGAUGUACUAUCUGCGAGUGACGAGUUGAAUCAAGUUUUUGAGAAAUACACAUCGAUUAUUGUUCUUGGGCAAUUUCCCAAAUCUUCUGCGGCAGAAGCUUCUAAGCCGAUUCACAAUGAACCAUCUCUUCUGGAUCUGUCGUCCCCUGCUGAGACUGUUUCCUGUAAAAGCAUCGUGCAAAGUUCGUCGUCGACGGACCAUCGUUCGGAUAUGGAUGUGUUAGGAGAUAUUUUUAAUGUACUAGAGAAACCAAUCAAAUCUGAAGCAAGUUUCUUGAUACCAAACGCCAUAAUGCAACCAAUCAGUAUAUCGCCCAUGAAUAAGAAAAACGAAGUUAUCAAUACUGAAGAAAAAAUAGAUAGUAAAACGAAGGCAUUGGAAGAAUUGAAUGAAUUGGGAGAAACCUUACUUAAACAAAGUUUGUCAGGAACAAUGUCUACACGUUCGACACAGAGCAAAACAAGUAUGGUAAAAAUUCAAGGUAUCUGCGAUCCCAUUCGGAAACAAAAUUCGUCCCUUGACUUUAGUACUAUGUCGCAAAUUGUGACAGAACAGUCAAAUACGAAAAAAUGUGAUAAAAAUAGUAAUUUAGACUUUUUGGCAUCUUCAAAUUCGACAAAAAUUAACACGACUGUUGAUUUGUGCAAGAAAAGUGAUAAUUCAGAAGUAACGGAUACGAAAUUGAAACAGCAAGAAGCGCAAUUGCGUAAUGGCAUAUCAAGGAUAGUAAAUACAGAGCCUGAAAUCAAACCACUGACCGAUAUUACUGUCUGCCUUGAAGAUAUUAAACCAGGGACAAAUCCACCUCUAACGGUAAUUGAGGAGAAAAAUGGCAUUAGCGUGGUGCUUCAUUUUGCUCAGGAGAAUCCUAGACCAGAUGUAUUUGUAAUAGUAAUUACUACAAUGAGCAAAAACACAAAGCCACUUAGUAAUUAUUUAUUUCAAGCAGUUGUGCCCAAGAAAUGCAAAUGUAGACUGCAGGCACCUUCUGGAACAAAGUUACCGGCGCAUAAUCCGUUCCUCCCUCCAUCCGCUAUCACACAAAUAAUGCUGAUUGCAAAUCCUCUUAAGGAGCCUGUAUCUUUGAAGUUUAUGUUAAGCUACACAAUGGACGACGAAACAUUUACAGAAAUGGGCGAAGUGGACACAUUACCUCAUCUAUGAAAUUUAGUAACUCUCCGUUGUGAGCGCCAUGUAAUGCUGUACUCAUAUUCGUUGUGUGAGAUCACAGUAGUCGAAAAUGAUACGAGAAUAUUCCAGUUACUGCGAUUUAAUUAUUAAAAAAUACGUGCAAUUAUAAAAUUAGAUAUUCUUACACGUCAUUUUAAACUUAGAACGCCAGAGUUAAGCCUCCAUAUAAAUAAUUUCUUUAAUUUUAAUUUUUCCUUCAAUCUCUAGUCUUACAACAUGUGAAAACGCUCGCCGCGUUUCUACUAAAUAAAAUAUGUACGACAAGCGCUUCCACAUCUUAUGUAUAAAAGCUUUAUUUUAAUGAUACUUAUGUUAAAUGAAAAUGUUAGUUUUUAAUUCGUACAAUGAUAUUUUCAUUUUAUGUAUAUGUGGCCAAAUGGCGGAUGUGAAAUAAUGAGAGAGUUGAAAGAGGUAUUAAGUUUAAAUAUGCUAAUGAUACAAAAGUCUAAUAUAACAAAUAAACAAAUUAAUUGAACAAUUAUAAGGUAACUGUGUCCAAUAUGGCCUACUUGCUGUUUGUAAGUAAUUAUAAGAUUGAGUUGAACAAAUAAUGUUAGAAUAUCGUACAAGCUA